CACUCGCAUCUACAACCAAAUUCUACGAACCUGGCGAAUUCUACAAACAUGGCGAAUUCUACAAACAUGGCGAAUUCUACAACCAUGGCGAAUUCUACAAACGACAGGGCUUGGGAUGAUUUUAUUCGAAGCAUGCCAUCUCCCACCGCAAUACUCGAAGAACCAUUCGCACCGGAUUCUCAACCUUUGAGCGACAUCGCCUUCCCGGAAGCGGGGGACUUAUCUAACGCUCGAGAUUGGUUCUCAAGCAACCUGGCCCUGGCAUCCUCUCCACGCCCUCCAAAGGUGCCAUCGAGAGCAACCAAUGACUCUUUCCCGGCUCGACGAAGCAAUCAACUUUACGUAUCGCGUCCAGAGUUCUACAAAGUGGUUGGGCGUCUUGCUGACAAGUUAACCAAGCUCCAAGAGAGCGUUCAAGAAUUGCUUGGGGAACACAAGACAGUAUUGGCGAACCACCAAAAGCUUUCUGUUUGGUCGAUGGAUAUGAAUGGCGCGAUUGCAUCUGUUGCCCAACAAAUUGUAAGAUUGAGAGUGCCUGUUGCCGAGUGGGAUAUGCCUGAGCAGAGAGAGCAGGCCUGAAUCUGCGAAGGGCUAAAGUAGGGACGGACACAGCUGGCGGAGACUAAUGGGAAAUAAUUUGAAC